GCACACUGUUCGAUUGUUUUACUGUUCAGUCUGGACAUUGCCUUGUUAAGGUUUUUCCGUUUGAUUUUUAUUUUCCUUGUUUCUACUACUUGCUGUCGGAUUUUUGUGUACACCAGAGCUGUACGGACACGCACCUAGGAUGGCAUCUCUAAAAGAAAUUUACCCGACGACUAAGUCGGGUUACGAUAAUGGCGAUCAAAGGUUGAAGAGAUCAUCGGGUACGGUUGAGAACCAGUCUGCUAGUAAACGUGGCAGACACGCAGUUUUCAACACCACCUGGGAGACAGAAGAGUCAUCGCAGUCUGCUUUGUCUUCUGUCAGUGAAGGUCAAUCAUCUCAAAGUCAAGCUUCAUCUGGAUCAUUAGCUACUGCUAGCUACCAUGUGAAUGGUGCGCAAAUGGCAGUGCAAGGCCAAUGGAAUACUGUUAAUAUAUCCAACAAUUAUUACUUUCAAGAAGGUUUAGAAGAAAGAGCGAGUAAAGCUAAAACGAAUACGUCGCAAGCAGUUAUGCCACAAAGAUGGAAAGAAACAGUUACUAGGUAUCGUGGAGUACCCGAUUUUAAUGUAGCAGUGGAAGGAUUGGAUCUGUCAGGAGUGGAAGUGUCUCUAGAAAACGGACCGGCGGUUUUUUUCCAGUUUAGGGACCUGGAUAAGACAGGCAAAGCGCCUCUGCCUUUACCAACUAUUCAGGCUCGUUGUAUAUUUGGUAAACGUUACCAAAACAUUCCAGAAGGAAAACUUGAUUUUCCUUUGUUUGAAAUGGUGGAAUUCGACGUUCUACAGUUGUUUAAUGAUGUAAACUCUAAAAAAGUAUUACAAACAAUAAACGUUGGAGAGAACUUAUUGAAGAUGGCAGGUAGAUGUCGAAAAUGGUUCGAAGACCAAAGGGAGGUCAGCGAACUUUAUGACGGAGUUCCAGAUUUUUUGUUAUAUAAAAAAUUUAUAGCUGAUGAUCGGCAUUCUGAUGGUAUGAUCAGAUUUAUAAAAGUUGUCAACACUCGGAUCAUAAUCUGGGUGUUCGGUGCUGGAUCCGGUACGCGCUUGUGUGACUGCGGUUUGAUGCCAGCGUUGUUUCAGAACAACACCACUAGAGAGUAUUUCUAUGGGUGCGAGCGCUGGCUUAGCCGUCAAGAAAAGCCGUGCGAUUACAGUAAAGACUUCUGGGUUUCGAGAUACAAACUCGAGACAGAUGAAACUUGUUAGAGUUAGAGUUGUUACUAAAAUGUCUACUUUGGUGUGCUGAUGUUUUCUAUUUAAAUUUUACAUUUUUUACAAUGUGUACUGUAGUGUCUAGUGUUUUAGUUCUAGUUGUGGCGAGAAGUAGCAACUAGCAAUUAUAAUUUUAGACAGUGAAACAUUGAGCACGUUUUGGCUGCUCAAAUUUUACUACUACAAGAAGGCAUGCAUUGCGUAUACUGAUGUGUACGAUGUACGUGUACAGUACAGUGUACUACUGUACUAAAAUUUUAGUUGUCUCUUACGCAUGCGC